GUCAGUCUUGGCGUUAACAGAUUACCGAGUAAUUUGUCACUUUGAGAGACUUUUGCUGCUUUAUCAAUAUCUUUUCUCCACUUUAAUUUCACACCGGCAUCGCCGCUUCUCAAUCUCUAAAUCGUUGACUUGAUGUAUCGUCCUGUUGCUGCCAUAAUCGUCACGCGCAGACCAACGACUGCUGCUGCUGUCAGUGCCGCGAAUAAUAAUAAUAAUAACACGGGUAAUGUCCAGGCACUCACGCGAAAGCUCAGCGAACCACUCUAUUUGUUUGUCAAAAAACCCCGGCGACAUAACGCAUGGCAGUUCCCGCAAGGCGGUAUCGAUGACGGUGAAACAGUGAGCCAAGCUGUACUACGUGAAUUGGCCGAAGAAUGUGGAACGGAUAUCAAGGUCAAGCUGAUCGACCAAGAACAACCUUGUUGCACGUACCAAUAUCGCUUUCCACCAGAUUUCGUACGACAUAAACGCAGCAACUUUGUUGGUGCCAAAGUCGAAUUUAUCAGGGCAGAGUGGAUUGAGGGUCAGUGCCAGCCCGAUGGACACGAGAUUGUGGAUUUUGCUUGGUUAACUCGGCAUGAACUCGAUGAUCAUAUUCUGAACCCAGAAUACAAAAGCCUUAUCAGCCGUUACAUGGAGUAAAAGUAGUAUCUUCCCAGCUUCUACCUUUAGUGUACACCAUCUGUAAAUGAUACAUCAAUUGUAAAUAUAUUGGCAUUUCACCUCCUCUACAUACAGUGACAUGACAAAUGACCAACAAUCCAG